AUGGAGGCUGCCGUGGAAGAGCACUUGAGCAAAAUCAUCGAACUAUCGCCAGCGAAGCCCGUUGACCAGCUUAUUGCGGACCAGAAACUGAUUCUUGGAUUGCUGCAGAAGAGGUUUGAGCAUCUCUCUGACGUACCACAGAUUGCCGAAAAGCUGUGGCUUUCGACUGACAAUGCCUGGGCUGGCUCUGACCAAGAGCCAAUAGCACCGCGGGAUCAGUCCCUUGGGACCGAGUUCUUGAACACGCUUAUACCAUGUGGAACUUCCGUCACAAGCAUUCACGCAAACGCCAGAGGCCGAGGGAUGAGGCACAGUUCUGAUGAAGACACAUUGAUGGAAUGGGUUACGGAAGAGAAUUUGGUCAUUGCUCGUCAGAUCCUUGAGGACUGGAUUUGCGAAUCGAAUAGACACUCCUCGCCAUGGGCAGAAGCCUUUUCGAGCGACACCCUGGACAACAGGGAACUUGACCGGGAAGAAUGGGUACGCCAAGUGCAUGAGAGGUGGCCGAAGGCCUGGGACUUUUCCCCUCUCGGAGAGCCAGAUCGCAACUAUGGAAACACAACAAGAGCCUACUAUGCUUGUCCAAACAUGAGCAGGAUUAGCGAUCCCGUCAGCUACACUCCGAUGGAGGCCCCAAUCCAGAGACUUCUCGAAGUGCCAGAAGGACAGUCCAUCUGUGGAAUAAUCUGGCUGCCUGGCUCUCACAAGUAUGGAGUGUUCAUGCAUUACAUGAGGUCCUUUACGAUUAUGGAUUUUGAGGAAACGCCAGUCAUCAAGGGCGGCCCAGCCACGGGGCUCAAGUGCAAAAGAGAGAAGAUCGGGUUCAAAGCUUUCUACAGCGAGGACACGGAAUGCUUGGUUGAGCGACGCUACUCGACAGCUCUCAGCAUCUUCCCCAUACACUCGCCUAGUGGACAUUAUGUGUUGCUAUCGCUGAUUGAUGCCGGGGAGCACGAAUACGGCGUAUGGAGUCACAGUCCCACGAACGACAUUACGAGUUACAACAGAUGGAAGCCCUGGAAGCGCUACGGGAUAUAUCCCGCGGCCGUCUACAGCGGUGUUUCAGUCUUUCAGCUUCAGAUAUGUUCCUUUAUCGAAUCCUGGGAAAAUGACUGGAACACCACAAUAAGUCGGAUCAACCAAAUGGUGUCUGUUAAGCGUUUGAGAGAGCUGGUGCUGGAUACAAACCCUACCGACUUGGUGUUAUACUUCAAGGUUCUCCAGAUGCUCGGAAGAAUAGAUGACAUUAUCCAAGCGGAUACUGCCCGUCUCGAGUCCCUUUCCGAGAACGUUCGGAACCCCCUCAUUACGGACCACUGGUGGCAAAAGACCUACAAGCACAAUGAAGAUACACAACGGAUCCUCGAGUACAACUGGGACCUAGUACGGAAACGUCAGCAAAGAGCGACUGACAGGCUAUGCGGCAUGAUUAAGCAGACAAAGGAGGAGGUCAAGGGGCUCAUGGAUGGCCUGUACAAUGUUCAAUCAGUUACAGAGGCCCAGAAGACCAGGGUUCUCAGCAAGUACCUCAUGGUAUUCACGAUUGUCACCGUCAUUUUCCUUCCUCCCACUUUUGCUGCGACCUUUUUUGGGAUGGAUGCCUUCCAAUCAGUCGAGACGGCUUCCACCCAGAGGACGUUCUGGACGGUUCUGGGGAUACUGUCUGGCCUGACAUAUGUCAUUGCAGGAAUCGGACUGUUUGGGGCCAAGGCUUCCACUCAACUCAGAGCAGAAAGGAAGGACAGGUCCAAAACACAUGGAACAAGAGGGACCUUGCAAUCUAGGCGCGAGGAGGAAAAUUUCUCUGAGAUUAGGAUACUCAAGGCCGAGCACGCAGGAGGAUUUUGA